AGUUGUUGUUUCGAAGCUUUAACAAGUUACCUCAACAUGGAUGCUAUUUUCCAUGAAAAAGUGACUUUCAGCCAUGGAUGGAUAGGGAGAGGUAAGGGUGGGAUGCGAACUUGCAACCCUCUUCAGACCAACACCUCUACCAGAGAUUCUAGGAGUUAUUAUGGCUGCAUGUGUAUGACUGAACAUUCUACAGCAAGAGGGCUCCUUGUGUGCACAGCACUGCCUGAACAAUCUACUCCAGGGUGAGUACUUCACUCCGGUAGAACUGUCAUCCAUCGCCCAGCAGUUGGAUGAGGAGGAGCGGAUGAGGAUGGCAGAGGGUGGUAUGGGCAGCGCGGAAUACAGGACCUUCUUGCAGCAACCCUCCGGAAAUAUGGAUGACAGUGGAUUCUUUUCUAUUCAAGUAAUUAGUAAUGCUCUGGGUGUGUGGGGAUUGGAGCCCAUUCUCUUCAACAGUCGGGAAUACCAGGGCUUAAGGACAGAUCCUAUAAAUGAGAAAGCUUUUAUAUGCAACUAUAAGGAACACUGGUUCACAGUACGGAAACUUGGACAACAGUGGUUUAACCUCAAUUCAUUACUGACGGGACCAGAGUUGAUAUCAGACACGUAUCUGGCACUAUUCCUGGCACAGUUACAGCAGGAAGGUUAUUCCAUAUUUGUGAUCAGAGGGAACCUGCCGGAGUGUGAUGCGGAGAAGAUCCUGAGGAUCGUGCGUGUGGAGCAGCAGCAGAGGCCGAGGCUGAUCGGAGAGGACGAAGCCCAGACCAGCGCUGGUGGUCUCAGGAUGAACCUGAAUACUCCGCAGCAGCAGGGCCCGGGGCUGGAGGAGAGGGUGCUGGACCCGGAUGAUGAGCAGCUGAGGCAGGCCCUGGCCCUCAGCCGGCAGGACAUGGAGGUGGAGGACGAGGAGGCCGACCUGCGCAGAGCCAUCCAGCUCAGCAUGCAGCAAGAGCCGACCACGAGUGGGUCGUCCAACUUCAUGCCCGUGGCUCCAAAACCCAGUAGUGUGCCUGCCCCUAAAGCCAGCAGUGGGCCUACCACGCUGGGGGGGUCCACCACCGGGGGGUCCACCACGGGCUCCGGGGGCCAACAGGAGAGUCUCAGCGCUGAGGAGAUACGCAAAAGGAGACAGGCCUACUUUGACAGGCAAGCUCAGCUCAACACACAAGCCUCCACAGCAGCACAGCAACAGGACACAAAGCCUUCAGGCUCGGAGGGGAAGUAGCUCAUGGGACCGUGGACCAAAAUGCGCCCAAGGAGUGACCGUGCGAGGCUGGAGGCGUGGCUUCUGGUGACGCCCCGCCCACUUCCUCUGACAUCGUCGUUUUGUCAUGAUGAGGUGGAGAUGCCUCUUCCCAGUUUAACUCUUUUUUUGCACAGGCGCGGAUGGACAGAGAGAGUGAUACGCAAUGGGACUAAAGCAAACUGUCGCACAGCGGGACUAAAGCGUUUGUUCUGCUGGAUUUCAUGCCAGAUUGACAGCAGACAGCGUGGUUAAUAUACAGGAACCAAAUGUACAAAAAAAAUAAAAAAUCUGACAGUUUGUUGUACUGUA